AUGUAUAAUUAAAAUAAUGAAAAGGUUGUCAAUUCCCUUUUUGAUUUGGUUGAUAAUGACUUUAUGGUCAAUUAUUUGAUGGAUCCACCGUAAGCGAUUUAUAUUAUGUUAUUAGUCAUGCAUUCCCUAGAACAAAUAGUAACUAAAAUUUUAUUGGAUUAUAAUAAAAUUUUUCAUUAUUGGACAAUUAAUAUGAAUAAAUGGAAAUGAAAUUAGAGGAGCCAAUUGCAGAUGCAAAGAAACAAAAAUAGAAAAAAAGAAAAACACAAAAAAGCAAUGUAAUGAAUUUAAAUAAGAAUGUUAUUAGUAAUCUGAACCUAUAAAACAAAAAGAUCCAUUUUAAUAUAAGAAUAACUUAAAAAAUACUUAUAUCAAUAAGAUCACAAAUCUGGUUUAGUAAGAUAGUCAAAAAUUGUUACAACAACAAUAGGCAAAAUUUAGAACAUCGGAGGAAGAUAGACAUGAUAAAAAUAAUAGUGUUUCAUAUUAGGAUAUUGAGGAUAGUACUUAAGCAAAAUUGUUAAGAAAUAGAGAAUGUGCUAGAAAUUCAAGGAAGAGAAAGAAGAUUUAUAUUGAAUUGUUAGAACAUCGAGUUAAAUAAUUAAAUGAUGAACUAGAGAAAUAGAAAUUAUUGAAUAAGACAAGUGCAGGUUACUUAAAUAAAAUGAGUUAGAAUUAAUAAGUAUUAAUUAUUUAUUAGAAUAUUUUAAUAGUUAUAAGGAUUCUUUUUGGGAAGAUAAUAAUUAUAUGAGAAAUUGGAGAAAUCAAUCUAAAAUAAAGCAGAUGAUAAUGAAUUAAAUUUAUUAUUAGAUUCAAUGAGAUUUAGAGUUGGUGGAGGUGGUAAAGAAAGAGUAAGUGCAUCCAAUUAUUUUUUUAAUUAAAUAUUGGAAAUCUGUUUUCCUGUUCAUGUUAGAUAUAUGUUAUGGGCUGCAAGUGAAAGCAAAGACUUAUUUGCUGAUUAAUUAGAUUAAUAAUAAUAAGAUGGAUAACCAUAAUGGUUGUUGGAUCUAACUAAUGAUCUCUAAAUAACUGAAGCUUAAAAAAAAUAAAUGAAGAAAUCUUAAAGAAGAAUUAUAAGUGAUAAAAAUAAAUUAUUAGAGUAAUUAAUUUUAAAUAAAAUAAUAGAAUUUUAAGUUAAUUUUAAGAAAUUAAAGAAUAAUUAUAUAAUAAAACCUCUUAAGUAGAAAAUUUUGUUGAUGAACUUAGAAAUAUAUUAAAUCCUACACAAGUUGGUAAAUUUUUAAUUGGUUUAGAGAAAGUAUAAAAAAUAUAUAAAUAAAAUAGAACAAAUUUAGAAGAGAAAUGGCAAUAUCUAAGAUAUGGAAUAUAUUUGAUGAUCAUAGUGAAGAUGAAGAAGUAGAUGUUGAAGUUAAAGAAGAAGAUUCUAUAGAAGAGCCAGCAAGAAAAAAGAUAUAAAUUUGAUA